AUGCGCGGCCUGCCCGCUGACCUGGCCUCGGAUGAUGGGUCGCAGUGCAUGGUGCACACCGCCUGGGAGCUCUGCGGGGAUGGUCUGAUGGAUGGUCUGCUCAUCAACAACAUCAGUGAGUGGGCGGCAGCAAGCCGCCCUUCUGAGUGCAUGCAGAGUGCGUUCUCCCUCCAGGUCCAGAGGUAG